AUGGCCUCCACCAACGACCACAGCUCUAACCCUACCGACACCGACACCAACACCUUCUACGCCUUCACCACGGAGCUCGCCGACCUCGGCCGCGAGCGCUUCGACCACGACACCGCCGCAAUCGGCGACCGCGACUUCGCCUUCUACGCCACCGCGCCUGUCAAUGUGCGCCAGGGCCGCGCGCCCCAAGGUCUCGAGUCCCAAGUCUUCGCCUGGAACACGUUCCAGUACACAACCGAGGAGCGCGACGACCGCGAGGAGCUCAAGGGCGCGCUGCACGACGGGCAGCUGCACAGGGCGAAUCGGGCCGCGAGGGGUGAACAGGCGCCGGAACCCGUUAGGGGGUAUGGCGGGGGACGGGGCGGACGAGGUGGAGGACGCGGUGGGAGGGGUGGGAGGGAGGGGCAGGGACAGGGACAGCAAGGUGGCGUCGCUCCGGAUGCGUUGGUUGCGGCGAGGAAGCCGGAGGGGUCAGCGCCGCCGCUGGCGAAGGGAUAUGCGGAGGAACUGAGCGCGGAUAUGUUCUGGAGUGAGCCGAUUGUCUGA